CAUGCAGGACAAUUAUAUGAAGGCUAUGAUGAGGAAUACGAAUGCCCAGUGCUGGAUGAAGAUCGGGUAAUAGAUGAACUAGAAGACAAGAUGACUGAUGGCGGUAUUAUAGUUGAUUAUCACAGCUGUGAUUUCUUUCCCGAACGCUGGUUUAAUAUAGUAUUUGUGCUUCGUACUGAAAACUCUUUCCUGUAUGACAGAUUGGAAAGCAGGGGAUAUAGAGGGAAAAAACUUCAGGGCAACCUUCAGUGUGAGAUAUUUCAGACUAUUUAUGAAGAAGCCAUGUCUUCUUACAAGGAAGAUAUUGUACACCAGUUGCCCAGCAACAGUCCAGAAGAUAUGGAGCAGAAUUUAGAUCAGAUUAUGCAGUGGAUUGAACAAUGGAUAAAAGACAACAACUGAAAAUUAUUAGGAUAGUUAUCUAAAGAGUUUCAUGAAAUGUGUUUUUGUGUAGGUAAAUUAACUGAUGCUUCAGUCACUAGGGAAACCAUAAUAGCUAUCUGCAGAAGAAAAUGAUGGACAUUUGAGAGCCAACGGACUUGUGCUACAUUUCUUUGGGACUCAUAAUUAUAGUACUUUGAAAGUCAAACUUCAUAAUAGAAUCCUAUAAAAAGUUAUUGAGAUCUAAGCCACAUUAUUUUAAUAGGCUUAGGCUGGAGUAAACUGCACAAGAUUGCACUGUUAGCUAUUGGUUAAGAAUGUGAUGCUUUUGAAGUUUUCUUUGAAAAAAUACUUGGUCAGGUUUCUAAAUACCUUGUUUGAAGAUGGUUUUGAUGUUUUGGAAAAAAACAUGAAUUAAAGAAAACCUGACUCCCUGAACUAUAAGCUGCCAAAAUUUCUGUCUACACAUUCUUUUUAAAGAUGGAUUGUUUAUCAGCAGGCUUAAAAUAGUGGGAUCACAGGAUUUAAAUUUGUGAAAGUUAUCCUGAUUUAAUUUGUUGAUGAACAGUGGGGUUUUCAAGGCAAGAGACAUUCAGAGGUGGCUUGUUAUUGCACGCCUCUGAUCACAACACUGGUAUUCCUAGCCAUUCUGUAUGGAGUAAUAGUUUAUCUGUUUUAUGCUUUAAGAAACCCAGUUCAAGUGCAGCUCCUACAGAAUAUAUGUGUAGCAAAAUACAAGUAUGUGUAUAUAUAAAUACAAAUAUGUGUUUAUAUUGGAUUUGUAGAAUUUCUUACACAGAAGUGAUGUAUGUAUGUCAUUUGUAGUCUUGUAAAAAUUAACUACACACUUAUGAAAAAUUCAGGAUACAUUCUAAAUAAUUUUUGGCAAAAACUUUAUAGUAGUCUAGUUUCUUCAUAUGAAUAAUAUUUACAUUCUUGUGUGUAUGUUUUGAAGUGCCUCUCAUUGCUUUUCAUUUAGGAAAACUUAGUUUGUAUUAAUCUUAAAGAUUAUGAAAUAAUAUUUUAAUGAGAUUCAAAAUGUAGUUCCCUGCUAGACUCUAGUCAGGAUUACUUACAUUAUCAUUCCAAGCAGGUCUACUUGGAAGUGAGUCUCAUUUGGUGGGGCUUACUCCUAGGAAAAUGUUUUUUAGAAUUGCAUCCUUAAUGUAGGAUCAUAUAUUGUCUUGCACUUCUUACCACCCUGCAUUUAUUCACCAUCAAGGUAGAUAAAAAGUAUGCUUUUGAAAGUGUACUUAUGUGUGAAAAUGGCUUUUAAUUUCUGUACAGAAAGCCAUUUUUUAGACAAGCAGUUUCUUCAAGUUUCUAAUGAAGUGCCUUUGCUAUUCUUUAUCAAUAUUCAUUAGCAGACCUUAAAGCAAGGAAGAAACAGAGGUGUUUAUUAGUCUUUUUAAACUCUAAUGCUAGUGUCUGUGUGAACAUUCUGGAAGAAAUGCCUAAUCUUUUUUGAGUGCCUUUGUUCAUUAUGCAAUACAUAUCGCUUACAAUGUAGGAAGGAAAUAAUUAACUCACUCAAAAGUUGGUCUUCCAGGGCUUGCUUUACCUCUCCAAGAGAAUUGUGUUAAAAUAGUGAGAUAGUAGAAUGGACUUGACUACUUCAGUCUGCAUGUGAAAGGAUCAUAUUUUAGAACAUUCUCUGUGUUAAAUCAGCAAAUAGAAAAUAAACAUACUGCAUAUAGA